CAAAGUCAGAAACCCACUCUAGCAAGUAAGAGCUCAGUAUAGAUAACUGUCGAUCAAACGAUAAAGAUAAGAAAUACGAAAAAAUGGAAGCUGUGUAUCAAAUAUUUGCGUCUGCUUUGGUGUUUUUGGUGUUGAUAUACACAUGGAAAUUAGUGAAUUGGGCAUACAUCACCCCCAAGAGACUGGGAGAAGCCCUGAGGAAGCAAGGGUUCAAAGGCAAUUCCUACAAAUUGGUAUAUGGCGACUUUAAGGAGAUGAUGCAGUGGGUCCAGGAAGCCAGGAACAAACCCAUCAAUCUUGAUGAUGAUAUCAAGAAGAGAGUUGCUCCCUUUCUCAUCAACACCAUUCACAAAUAUGGAAAUGAGUCGUUUAUUUGGUUCGGACCAAGGCCUGUGAUUAUCCUGACUGAUCCCGACCUAGUUAAGGAGGUGCUGACCAAGAGCUAUCUGUACCUGAAGCCGGAGAACCGGAAUCCACUGACGAAGCUGCUUGCACAAGGACUUGUGAGCUAUGAGAAAGACAAAUGGGCCAAGCACAGGAAAAUCAUCAACCCGGCUUUCCAUCUUGAGAAAUUGAAGCUCAUGAUUCCAGCCUUCUAUUUGAGCUGUGACGAAGUUCUGAAAACAUGGGAGAAGAAUGUCUCAUCGGAGGGAUCUCUUGAGGUGGAUGUAUGGCCUUAUUUGCAAAAUCUAACGAGUGAUGCAAUAUCAAGAACUGCGUUUGGUAGCUGCUACCAAGAAGGGAGACGAAUAUUUGAACUUCAGAGGGAACAGGCUGAGCACAUCAUGCAAGCCGUGCGCUCUAUUUAUAUCCCGGGAUGGAGAUUCGUUCCCACCAGAAGGCACCGGAGGAUGAAACAAAUCGAGAAGGAAGUUCAGUCAACGAUUCGAGGACUCAUUGGCAAAAGGGUUGAGGCUAUGAAGACAGGGGAAGCUAUCCAUGAGGACUUACUAGGCAUAAUGUUGGCUUCCAACUUCCAAGAGAUCGAGGAGAGUGGCAACAAGAGGUUCGGGAUGACCAUUGAUGAGGUGGUCGAGGAGUGCAAGCUGUUCUACUUCACUGGGCAGGAGACUACUUCCGUGUUGCUUGUUUGGACACUGGUGUUGUUAAGCAGAUAUCCUGACUGGCAGGCACGAGCAAGGGACGAGGUUAUGCACGUCUUUGGAAACAGAACGCCAGAUUUCGAUGGGCUGAGUCAGCUCAAGAUUGUUACGAUGAUUUUGUACAAGGUGUUGAGGCUUUAUCCCCCGGUGGUAGCUCUAGGCCGGCAAACCAGCGAGGAGACGAAGCUGGGGAAGUUCACCUUACCAGCCGGGGUUCAACUUUCGCUGCCAGUAAUCAUACUGCAGCACGACCCGAAAAUCUGGGGAGACGACGCCAUGGAGUUCAAUCCAGGGAGAUUCAGUGAAGGCGUGGCGAAGGCGCAAAAGGGCCCAGGUAUAUUCUUCCCGUUUGGCUGGGGGCCUCGGGUGUGCGUUGGGCAAGCGUUCGCAAUGGUGGAGGCAAAAAUGGCGGUGGCGGUGAUGCUACAGAGGUUCUCGUUCGAGCUUUCUGCUUCGUAUACGCAUGCUCCUCUCAGUUUGAUCACUACUCAGCCUCAGCAUGGUGCUCACUUGCUUCUGCAUAAGCUCUAGAUUUUGUGUUUUUGAGGCUCUGAUCACAUAUGGUGUGUAUUUUACUGUCGUUUUGUUGUAAAUAGGAGUAUAUAGUUUUACUGUUUGUGUAAGACAAAAUCAAACCAAAGGAUGAAUGCUUAAUUAACUGCCAA